UUUAAAGUUUGUUACAAAUAACAUUCUCAAUAAGUCUUCAUUGAACUUUCAUUGCGUAACAAACAAUAUAUAAGAACGGUAAUUGUUCUAGUUGGUCGAAGAACGGAUGUUUCCGAUUUAUUUUUGUCAUGCUGUCCGGUAUUGACCGUUCGUCUGCGAAAAGUUGCCACAUCGUUUACACUACACGCACCAGUCGGCAUUCCGACCCGGCUAGGGACGGUUCACAUUUUUCGCCACCUCAGUGGCAUUAGCAGUGGCUGCGUGUAAGUGUAGUGUUUCCUCGUCAAAAUGAACGCGGUUGGUAGCUACGAAGUGCGGACGCGGCUGCUCUAUACGUCGCGAAUCGGAACCGUGUUUUUGCUACUGAUUGAUGCAAGCAUCUGGCUGCAGCGACCCGACAUUGUAGACUUCCACCACCGUGUGCAGCCCAUUCCCGGCCCGUUUGUGCAGGACAUCUACGACUUUGUGGUGGUGGGAGCUGGAUCUGCCGGUGCCGUGAUGGCCGCACGGCUCUCCGAAAUCUGCCACUGGGACGUGCUGUUGCUGGAGGCCGGCACGGACGAGUCGUUCCUGACCGACAUACCGUUCCUCUAUCCGACGCUGCAGACGUCGCGCGUCGAUUGGAAGUUUCGCACGGAACCGUCCGAUCGGUUCUGUCUCGCAAUGAAAGAUCAGCGGUGCCGGUGGCCACGCGGCAAAGCACUCGGCGGCAGCUCAACGAUCAACGCAAUGUUGUACGUGCGCGGCAACCCGCGAGACUUUGACGCCUGGCGUGACCUGGGCAAUCCGGGCUGGAGCUACGACGAUAUGCUGCCGUACUUUCUCAAGCUGGAAGAUAUGCGCGAUCCACGGUACGCCAAUCUAUCGUACCAUGGGCGGGGUGGUCCGAUCAGUGUGGAACGAUUCCGUUACCAUACGCCGCUGCGCAACCAUCUGCUGGCGGGGCUGGAGGAGAUGGGCCUUACCAACCGGUACGGCGAAGUGAAUGGGCCGAUGCAGAGUGGUUUUGCCGUACCGCACGGUUCCAUCCGCAAUGGGUUACGGUGCAGCACGGCGAAGGGUUAUUUACGGCCGGCAGCGGCGCGUAAGAAUCUUCACAUAUCCACCAAAACGAUGGUCGAGCGCGUUUUGAUCGAUCCAAACGAUCGGCGCGCCUACGGUGUACAGUUCGAGAAGGGUGGCCGACGGUACCAGGUGAUGGUGUCGAAGGAAGUGAUUCUAUCAGCCGGUGCGCUUAACAGCCCGCAGCUACUGAUGCUGUCCGGAAUAGGACCAAGGCAGGAGCUCGAACGCCAUGGCAUUCGUGUGAUCCAAGAUCUGCCCGGCAUAGGACAGAACAUGCAGGAUCACGUGGCAACCGGUGCGGGGGGCUACACGAUACGACCACCACCAGGCAGUCCCCCGCUAGCGUACGAUUUUGGCGACGCAGUGGGCGUUGAUACGCUGAGACGGUUCCUCUUUAACGAGGACGGCAUGCUGUACGGUAUGUCGCUGUGUGAGGUUAUGGGUUUCCUGAACACCAAGUACCAAGAUCCGGAACUCGAUUGGCCCGAUGUAGAGCUGUUUCUCGCCAGCCUGUCCGAUCUAACCGAUGGCGGACGGUUCGGGAAGCGAGGUUCGGGUAUCAGCAACAACUACUACGCGCAGGUGUACGAGGAGCAGGUGUAUCAAAACUCGUACAUGGUCAUACCAAUGUUAUCGCGCCCGCUCAGCACCGGAUGGUUGGAGCUGGCAAGUAAAAAUCCACAUGAUCACAUCCGUAUCCAUCCCAACUAUUUUGACAACCCGAAGGAUAUGAUGGUACUGGUAAGAUUGAUAAAGCAAAUUCUUUGCGUGAGCGACAGCAUUUUGGGUUGACCAAUACUUUUGUUA